ACAAGUCUAAGUGCUAGUGCUAUUGCUAUUUACAAACACAAUUGGGACCAGGAUUUCUAUUGCUAAAGCAAAGCCCGAUUUAACAACCAUUUCUGCCACCGUUCUUAAGCGAAUAACUGCCCUAGUUAAGUCAUAUGGUGGUUUAGCGAAUCUGGCUAAACCUCCUUCUGACUUUGCUGGCUGGAAAAAAAUUACAGAUUUUAGGAGGGAAAUUUGGGCGGGAAAAUGCAUGCUGCUGAUUGGCUGAUGCCUCAGCCAAAAUACUAUUUAAAGAGGGGUUUUUGCCUGUUGGCUUUUGCUGGGACCACAAUAAACCAAAGAGCUGUUGUCACUUGUAUCGUCUCCUGCCUCUUCAUUGCCCGAACCUAACAUUGGCGACGAAGGUGGGAUAUUGAAGGCAGUGAGACUAGGAAAAGAGCUGAAGGAGCAACGUAAUUUCAAACCCAGCCAGUAUCAAGAGCGGAUAUAUAGCGAUGUCUAGCUAUACGCCGCCAGCACCAGCCAAGGAGAAAUGGAGGUCGUACAUGGCUCGUUUCAAGUGUUUCCUCGAAGCUAACGAACUGCAAGGAGUAUCGGAUAAUCGGAAGCGCGCUUACUUCCUGAGCCACUGUGGGCCAGAAGUCUUCGAUACCGCCGAAUCGCUGUCGGAACCAACGCCGGUACAGUCGGUGCCAUGGCAAACGCUACAGACGACGCUACGAGCACACUACGCACCGGUGCCAUCGAAGUUUGUACAACGGUUCAAGUUGAGGCAAAGAGUUCAGCGAGAGGGCGAAUCGAUAAGCGUGUACAUGGCCUCAUUAAGGAAAGCCGCAAACCACUGUGAGUAUAGAGACUUGGAGGACUCUUUAUUAGAACAACUCAUUUGUGGGGUCAGGGACAUCCGACUACAGAGGCUGCUGCUGUCGAAAAGCAACCUAACCCUGGCGAUAGCCCUGGAUGAGGCCAGGGCACCCGAGAUGUCCACCAAAGCGGCAGAAACCUUACAAAAGCCGAACACGCCGAAUGCCGCAGCGAAAGCAACGCCAGUCCACAGCGAAGAAAUCCAGGCCGAAUCGGACGGUGAGGAAGAGGAAGAGGUUUUCCACACCGGGAGGCCGGAGAGAGGCGACCGGGACAGUGCGUGAGUUGCUUAGACCAACACCAACGACAGAAUUACAGGUUCAAAGACGCGAUUUGUCGGGGGUGUGAAAAGAAAGGACACAUAGCUCAGGCCUGUCGAGCCUCCCAACCUUCCCGCCAAAGAUUCAAACCGGCCAAUCAACAGGGCGCCGGUUCAGCGAAGCGGCCAGGGAUUGGCCAGUUCAAAAAAGGCACGAAGUCGAAUCACACCACUGUGCGAAUGGGCCACGCAUCGACACGAAUAGAAAAGAAAAUAUUCACUAAGACCUACAUCGAAGGAGUGCAGUGUAAAAUGGAGGUGGAUACUGGCUCAUCAAUCACAAUUAUGUCCUGGGACACGGUCGCACGGGAUCUGCCAGAAGUCGCGAAACGACAGCUGCAACCCCAAAAGCUGAGAGUGCAAGACUACCAGGGAAACCGGAUCCCUGUUAAAGGAGCCACAAUGGUCAGAGUAAGAUAUGGACAAUUCAAGAAAACCCUGCCGAUCACCAUCGUUGACGGAAACCUGCCCAGUUUACUGGGACUGGACUGGUUUUGAGCCCUAGGAAUGGGCAUAACCGGGAUCCACAGCAAUGGAGUCAACCUGAAGGACGAAUUGUUGAAGGAAUUCGAGGACGUUUUUCAAGACAGCCUGGCUAACUCAACCCCGAGGCGAUCGGAAGACUUAGCUGAGUCUGAAGAAGUCCAGCGACGCCAACCGGCUCCUCCGGAGGACAGCAGGGACGACUCUGCCAAUAAUCCAGGGCCAGAUGGCUCAGAGGAGGAGCUGGGAGGAACAAACAGUCCCUCCGACCAGCUCGACUCACUCCCAGGGAAUGAAUUGCGCAGAUACGAUUUGGGAAUCUAGUAUUCUGAUUGUGCAGGCACGCACACGCAGAGAAU